AUAUUUUGAUCUUCUUCUUCUACAUUCGUUUUCUCACAGAUUCAAUUCGGCUCUCUCCACCAAAAUCUCCGAUGGCGAGUCUGUGGCGGGCCGCGACGGGCCUGACCGAUAAGGCCGACGACCACGACGGCGUGGAGUUCUGGUCAAACCCGGAGCGCGCGGGGUGGUUGACCAAGCAAGGCGAGUACAUAAAGACGUGGCGUCGCCGGUGGUUCGUUCUGAAGCAAGGGAAGCUGUUCUGGUUCAAGGACUCCGCCGUCACGCGCGCGUCGAGGACACGCGGCGUGAUCCCGGUGGCCACGUGCCUGACGGUGAAGGGCGCGGAGGACGUGCUGAACAAGCAGUACGCGUUCGAGCUCUCCACGCGCUCCGAGACCAUGUACUUCAUCGCCGACUCCGAGAAGGAGAAGGAGGACUGGAUCAACUCGAUCGGACGGUCGAUCGUGCAGCACUCCAGGUCCGUCACCGACUCCGAGGUCGUCGAUUACGAUAGCAACAACAAGAACUAAAGAAGAAAAGAAAGGCUAGGUUAGUUUCAGAGCUCCAAUUGAUGAUGAUGAUUCAUCCCCCCUCUGUAAUUUAGGCACGUGCAUAAAAAUCUGUGGAGAGCUCUCUGUUUGUUUAUAUCAAAUCUCAAUGUUCUCCCAUUUGGCUUGCUUUUGUUUGUUGAAUUCAGCUGCUUUGUUAUUAUAGGGUUUAAUGUCAAAUUGGGAUUCUUGAUUAACUUUGAUUUGAUGAUUAGUAUGGAAAGUGUGGAUUUUUAAGGAAAAAGGUUACUGCUUUGA